CCUCCUUUUCCUCCGCCCCCUGCGAGUGGCACUGAUCACCCGUCAUACCGGAGGCAGCGCUGCUCCGUACUCUGUCUCCCUCAGACAGCGGACAGGACCUGGCGGAUGUACCGAUGGCUCCCCUCUCCGCUGACUUUCCCGUGAUGUUGGCGUGUGUUUCAGCUUGUUGUCGCCACCUCGCCGGCGGUGAGUCCGGUCUGACCGACUGACGGUGGAUGUGAGACACCGGCGAUGCUCUCCGGCUCGGCUUCUGGCUUCAGGGGUUGAAGGCGCUUUAAAAACACCUCCAUCAGUGCCCAAGUGAGAGCCGACUGGAGCUGUCUGGUGGGUCCCUCACUGCUAUGAUCCUGAGAACCUGAAGUUUUUGCCUUCUUCAGAGCUUUUCCAUCCCGUCCUGAAUUGUGCCCGGUUCCUCAAUGGGUUCCCGCAGCCAGAGCUUCUUCCACAACCACCAUCACCACCACCACCAUCGCAGCUCCAUGGUACCCGCCACUGUGCCAAGGCUGCUGCCGGAGAGCGGGAGUCUGCUGGGGGGCAUCGCCCAAAUCACCCCAAACCUCUUCCUCAGUAGAGGCAAUGUGGCGUCCAACCGCAGCCUGCUGUUGUCUAAGGGCAUCACCUGCGUGGUCAAUGCCACAAUUGAGUUGCCCAACUUCAACUGGCCGCAUAUGGAGUAUGUGAAGGUCCCCCUGGCAGACAUGCCCCACUCCCCCAUCUCCUUGUACUUCGACAGCGUGGCCGACAAGAUCCACAGCGUGGGGCGCAAACGAGGGGCAGUGCUGGUGCACUGCGCAGCUGGGGUGAGCCGCUCGGCCUCGUUGUGCCUGGCGUACCUCAUGAAGUACCACCGUGUGUCUCUGGCUGAGGCCCACGCUUGGGUCAAGGCCCGCCGUCCCGUCAUCAGGCCCAACGGUGGCUUCUGGCGCCAGCUGAUCGAAUACGAGAGGAAGCUGUUCGGCAGGAACUCUGUUAAGAUGGUGCAGACACCCUACGGGAUCAUACCCGAUGUUUAUGAGAGGGACCGCAGGACCCUCGCUCCUUACUGGGGCCUGUGAGCUUCUGUGCUGGCUGUCCAUCCGCAGUGAGGGAUAAAGGUGGAAAGCGAACCCCAUUUUUUUGUCCCACCUGAGCUGCAGGUUUAGACCUGUUCUCAUCAGGUGAAGUGAGAUGUGUGAGUGUAGAUGUUUUUGAAGCAUAUUUACUGAAAAAGAACGGAGGAAAUUUGAUGGUGCUGCUGUCUAGUCUUUAAGUUGGUAGCAAAGCGACUGAAAGCCCAUAAUCUGUUGAACCAGAUGAUCGUCGAGUAACAUGGAUGUUACACACUGACCACAGAGCUCAGUGUGGUCGGAUGGUACUGUGGUGUGUUUCCCGGUGUGUUUUCCCACUUCCAGAGGAGACGAGCACUCUGAGGGUGGGAGGUGGUUCAUGUGCUCGAGCCUCUGCAGUGCUGACAGUGAUGUCCCUUUCCUGACGUGGUGUCAUGUGAUGAUAUUGUGUCAGUUUCCCAGUAAUAUUUAAUGUGAAGGGCAGCAGCAUGCUCUGAAUUCAUGGUAGCAUUAAAGAAAAGUGUGCAGAAAAAUAACACAAUGUAUCGCAAUGUGCUGAUAGUGGGAGGGAGGCUUAUGGCGCACUUUAUCCAAACAUUCAAAGAUGUUACAUCUAGCUUUUUACGAAGGAGAAAUUUGAGAACAGGUAAGCUAGAACUGAAGGUUUAGUGAAAGCUCCUGUGUAACACAGGGUUGACUGUUCUGUCCUGUGACCACACUAUGUUAUUGUAGUGCUACUUGAUGCUCUAAUAAAAAGAAUAUCUGCUGCUUUACUGGA